AUGGCAGUUCCCGGUCAGCCGCAUCUGUUUCCGUCCGCUAUGAUCGAACUGUUGUUGGAGUCGCCUUUGCCUUGUUUCCUCGCUUCAAGCACAGCGUACACGCUCCUCACGUCCCAUCAGUUACAGUGCCAAUUAUUACCCAUCCUCAUCGCCUCGUGGACCUUUGCAUUAUUCGUGCAUCUCGUGGUCUGGCUGAGCUGGAUCUUUCCACGCUACGUAUCAGAGCUUCGCCAUAUCCCUACGGUCCCUGGAUUCCCUCUCUGGGGCCAGUUUUUCGACGUCAUCACACAAGAAUACGGGACUCCACAACGACUCUGGCAUCAUCAGUAUGGCCCUGUCGUUCGCUACUUCUUUCCCUUUGGGUCGGAGAGAUUGUCGAUUGCCGAAAGGGCCGCUUUGCAGCGCAUGGCUUUCGACUGCCCCAAAACUUACGUCGGAAACUGCGCUAAGCCAUCACAGGCGCACUCCUUGAUAGGCAGAACCCUCCGGCUUGGCUUGUUGCUUGAUCAAAGUAGCCAGCACGACUACCGAUCCAGCGCGUUAGCAUUGGCUUUUUCAGUACAAUCCAUCAAGACUUUGGUCCCUGUAAUUUGGACAAUAUCAUUAUGUCUGGGUGAAUGUUGGAAGGAAACGAACGCAAGUGGUCGACCCAACGCCACAACCGUUGAGGCACUUUGUUGGUUGAAGCGCCUUACCCUAGACAUUAUUAGUCGCAAAGUCUCUGCGGCUGAGAUGAAGGCGGUGAUGUGCAGCCUCCUGACUUUCAUUGAGACCAUCGACCACAAUAAAAUUUUGCCUAAGAUUUCCCACGAAACUAUUCAGCAUUAUCCGAAAAUGAGCGAGAGCGUAAACGCAUUCGACCCAUUGGAACGUUAUGUUAGUGACCCAAGCGCCCUCAGAAAGGCGCUAGACGAAUCGAACGCUCUCGUCGAUGGUUUUUGGACGCUUUCGGCGUUCGUUAGUGGCGAAAAAGUCUUUCUGGAGCGUCUAAAGCGCCAUCCUCUCAGAAUCAUCAUUCCCCGAAAGAACAACUGGGUACCAAUUAGCACAGUCCUCGAAAGCGAUGGUUACCAGCUGCGUGGUAAUUACAGGGCACCACAUGGAGGGGUGUUGUUUGUUCGCGAAAACGACGACAACUUAUCCUUAGAGUUUGACGACGAAAAAGAUCUCGGUUGGAAGAAUUCAAAAUCGCUGCAGGCAAAAACCCUGCAUAGAGUGAUGAGCGAGGGAUUCGGGUGUUUCAUGACUUCCAAGUAUGCCGUGCUCGUCUGCGGACUCCAACCUAGGUCUGCAGAUGGAGAUCCGAUUGAAAAAAUGCGCAAAUCAAUUGUUGCUCGAUACGAGACACAACCACAAGGAAGUGCCAAGGAAAGAUGGACGAAACUCGGCGAUAGGAUUUGCAGCAUCGUGGAAGUGGAGGACGUCGACACAGAGCGGGAUUCCUUCAAUAAGUUCCUCUCAGGCACCGAUGUAUUCUCAAUGCUUUCGGAGUUGACCCAAUCGAUCAUAUUCUCCGAAAGCAACGAACAGUUUGACAACACAACUAGUCAAGCGGUAUAGCACAUAAUACACAAUCGAUUCAAUCCUUUUUUUUUGCCUUUGAAAUUUAACUGCUAAACUUGAUGAGAUAUGGUUGACAGAGAGGGAAACAAAAAAGGGGUUUGUGGAAACUUCUGUACACCUCUGAACAACGGUUCUGCACGCCAAGACCUAACACGAAAGAGGAGCCUAGCACAAGGAGCACAAGGCGAUUUUGCUAACUAUCAUCAAUCAUUUGUGCAGGAUCGUGGUAAUUGUCUCCGCCGAGAGUCCAAGAAAUCUUUUAAGAUAGGUAAAGAUAUAUCUCUCAGUUGCCUCUCGAUGAAUAAUAAUUUUGAAAUUACC